AUGCGCUUCUCAACGACUAUUGCCCGUCCACUGCAGUUGGUCACUAGGACCUUGCAGUGGUCUAGUGCUGUCAUUGUCAUGGGCUUGACCUCAUACUUUAUCAGCAAAGGGCCUCGCGGACAGCACAUCAUAUACCAGGAAGUUAUUGCCACUCUAUCAGUCGCAUUCUUCCUCCCAGCAUUCAUUUCUCCAUUCCUACCAAGCGCACUGAGCAAAUUCGUGCUUCUAAUCGACGUCAUCUUCUCCUACCUCUGGUUAACCGCAUUCAUCUUCUCGGCGCAGGACUACAACGAGCACUCGUGCUACUUUGAUUCCCCGCCUGGUGUAACCUGUGGCCGCAAGAAGGCGAAUGAAUCGUUUAUCUUCCUGGCUUUUGUCUUCACCUUCUUCGGAAUGUUCCUCGAAGUCGCUUCGCUCUGGGCUUACAGAAAGGAGAAUACCGUUCAACCUGUUGUUGAGAAACAUGAUGGUACUCGUGCUCCUCUUGAUGCCCCUGCCGAGACGACUGCCCCGGCUACAGCUGUUUAA